GGCUCCGUUUACCUUGCUCACCUUGUUUCUCAUUUACUAUUCGUCUCACUGCCCCGUUGCUCCUUCUUAUUCAAGCGCUCCGCCGCCCUCACUUCCUUGUCGACCUGGUUACCGGUCACGGAACCCUCCCGGUGGCUUUCCGGCUUGUCUCUGUCUUCCUCACCCGCUGCUCCACAGAUCGGCCGCAAUGCCACCGCAGCUCUUACCGGCGUCGGCCGCCGCCUUUGCUCCCCGCGCCUCUUCGGUGAAUGUCGUGCUCGGCUCCAAGGUCGAGCCAUGGCUGACGCAGACUCUGAAGCGCAUUAACAAGAUCAAGCGCCCGCUCAACAGCGUACCACAACACCAGAGAUGCUUGACGGAGACGCUGUCGUCGCCAAACGCCAUAUGGACCCUGGCAUCACUCCAGUUGCCAAAGGCGCCGCAGGCGGAACUCAAGAAGGACCCUAACCCGCUGAUUGAGGCCAUCUUUAAUUACCAAGAUUUGCACCUCGAGGCCUACAUCGUCCACGUGGAUAUGGUGUUAAGGAACGAAGUGGCCUACAAGUUGACACCCGAGACGAUUGACUCCCUCAUCGAGUACCAUAAGGACGUCUACUGCGUCGACGCCAAGGCCAACACGUACGACUGGUCCGAGAAGGAGCAGCAGUGCAAGAAGCUGCAUGAGGAGUUCGUCCAGGCCGUGAACAAAUUCGUCUAUCGGACACAUGCGUCGGCGCUCGAGGGACUCGAGGAGGACGGUGCUGGGGAGCUGCUGGGGGGGAGGAGUGAAGAGGUCAAGAACAUCAUUCUGGGUCUGCUCAAGCCGCUGCUGCCACCGCCACCGAAAGUUGUCGACGUGGUCCGCCAGCCUCCGCUCCUGCCGAGCUCGCCCGCAGGCACGGCCAUCUGGUCUCAGUCUUCGACGCCGGCGACGCUGUCUGCCCCGGUCGAGUCGUGGAAGAUCCUACCGUCGAGCCCGAGCGUACCGUCAACUUCGGCCGAUUCAGGCGCAUCCAUCUGGCCAACGAUGGGGGUGAGCGAGGUGCAGCUUCCAUCACCUCCGCCAGCCUUCAGCCAACCAUACAGCCAGCCGUACUCGACUGCCGGUUUGUACUACAGCUCGCCGGUCGUGUCGGCGCCGGUCCCGCAACUCCCGCUACCGAGUAUGCUUGCGCCACAAUGCGGCAUUAGCAUGGGAUACAAUUCCUUCGGCGGCUGGGAUACUCGUUAUCAGGAAUACGCGACGACCAUGUGACAAUCACCGCCAGCGGCCUACGAAACAAGCUAUCCUGUUGUGACGACGUCAUCAUGAACGCUCCAGCAAAAGGCGCGGCCGGUCACAACUGACACACAUGUUGGAGGGCACAACCAGGCGACUAGGACACGGAACGCAUUG